UGUUCGGUUGGACCGAAUUUGAGAGAUCGCUAUCGGAACAGUCAGCCUGGUUGCAGCCAGUAGGCUAUAUGUAGACAGCAGUGGGUUUAAUCCAUCCAGAGUCAUGCAUAGGUGACGAUUCUCCGCCUGUCAUCCUGGUUGUGACAAAGCAAUGGAACAAGACGAGCUCGAGACCCGAUUUGAUGCCGCAGUGCGAGUAAUACGGAGUUUACCCGAAGAUGGUCCAUAUCAGCCGGCGGAUGGCAUGAUGCUCAUGUUUUAUAGUUACUACAAGCAGGCUGCGCUGGGGCCAUGUAAUAUUCCUAGACCCACAGGAUACUGGGACACUGCAGGCAAAGCCAAGUGGGACGCAUGGAACUCACUGGGGAACAUGUCGAAGGAGGAAGCCAUGCAAGCAUACGUCAAUGACAUUCAGCUGAUUCUGGAGACUCUUCCAGUCACAGAGGAGGUGUCUGAUCUGCUGGAGGCUCUCGGGGGGUAUUUCUUCGAAGAAGUGGAGGGAGGAGUGGAGGAAGAGAAGGAAGAGGACAAGAGGGCCUACAGCAGGCCUUUCGCAGCAGCUGCAGUGGAAAUGCAGAUGCAAAAGGGGUAUAUCCACAAACCAAAGAUGGAAGGCUUUGGGAGUCUGGAAAUCUGGAAGGAUAUUCAAACCAAAGUCCCAGAAAGCAAAAUAAAUGGCAUGACUAUGACUGACAAGGAGGAAAGCAAAAGCACUGAUAAGGAGAAGGAGGAGGAGAAAGUGGACAGUGAUGAGGAGGAGGAAGAGGAGAAGGAGGAGGAGAAAGUGGACAGUGAUGAGGAGAAGGAGGAGGAGAAAGUGGACAGUGAUGAGGAGGAGGAAGAGGAGAAAGUGGACAGUGAUGAGGAAGAGGAGAAGGAGGAGGAGAAAGUGGACAGUGAUGAGGAGGAAGAUGCAGAUGAUGAAGCGGAGGAGGAGAGAGGGAGGAAGUCCCCAGGCCCUGACAUGAAUCUGCUCAGGGUGAAGGACCGCAGGUGGAGGUCUGAGGUCAGCUCGUCCAAUGGCAGUGUGGAGCCCAGCGUCUCCUCCAUGACCAAUGGGACACAGAGCUCCCUCAACAGUGAGGUGGAGGAAGAGGAACUGGCCUACUCCAAAGAUCCCCUACCGGAGAACCGCUACAGGCAUCUGAACAGACACCUCAGUGAGCGUCUUCGAGUCAACGACUCGGACAAUGAGGAAUUCUGUGAUUCAAUGGAACAUUUAGCCAUGGAGGAGGAAUCGGGAAUACCCAGGGUACACUCCUCCGGGACAAGGGCAAGUCAAGCUAAGAGGAGGAGUCUUCAGGGAGAGACCCUGGAUGAGGACCUGAGUCUCCAGGAAGACUCCCCUCACAGGGAGGGGCUUCAUACAGAACGACGUGACAGUUGCUGGUCAAUGAGUGGAAUAGGUUCCAGGUCAUCGGGGCUAGGUUGCGGGUCACAGAUUUUUACCAGUGGAAAUGCUGCAGAGGGCUGGGUUAUGCAGAUCAGGACUGAGGCUGUUGCCAGUGGUAACCUUAACGAGCACAUCGCCAUGGCGCUGACCAGGCUGCAGGAGGACAUGGCUAACGUGCUUCAGAGGCUUAACACUCUGGAGGCCCUGACCACAUUACAGACUAGAUCACUUUCUAAGGCUAGACAAGAUGACUCCUUAUCCCUGGCAAGAAAGAGUCCUUCGUGGUGGCCUUUGCACCUGUCUCCUACCACCGUGGUGUUUGCUACAGUCUGGCCUUUGAUUUCUCAUUUCCUGGUUCAUAUUUACCUGCAACGAAAGAGGAAAAAGAUAAGCUGAGGAUCGAGUGUUGUUAUUCAAGCAAGCCAAACUCGAGGGAGAAUUGCCUCUACUUUUGUAUAGAAAUUGUACUUUUCAUUUAAAUUCUCUAAAUGGCACUGUUUGGCACUGGACACCAGCUGUAAUUGUACAGAGAGGUGAUUUGUAAUACAUAAUUCACAAUUAAUUUUUUAUUUAAACAUUGUCUGGAUUUACGGGCACAAUACAAGGUUUGCUUACCACUUGAAAAAUGUGUAAUAUUAUUUUGAUACCCCACUAAUGCCAUACAAUAUUGUAACUUCAUGGAUCGGUUUCCCGGAUUCCCAUUGGACUAAAAAUCACUUUCAAUGCGGAUUCUCCAUUGAAGUCCAAGAGCUGGGCUCUUAUAGCUUAAUAUUUUCUUACCACAUGACAUAGUGAACCACUAACUUGCUUGACCAUUUGCUCUAAUUUAAAACAGGGUGCAGUGCGAUAUCUAUUACCACUUUGUCACCUAGAAUUACAUUAUGGUUUCCGUUUCUCAAAAAUAGGCAAUACAUGAAUGUUUGUCAAAUGUAUACCCAUAAAAGUAGUGUACAUUGGCCUCCAAACAAAAUGUCACAAGUUUUACAUGGCACUGCCUGAGGGGGAUCAAGACACAAUAGAUCUAUUGAUGUGGUGUUGAGGUCUAUGGACAGAACUAGAUUUUAUACAGUAUUUAUUAACCAUAUUAUAGUAUAUACUUAAGCGUACUCCUACUUGACAUUGAUGUUGAUGAAUAACCUUCCAACUAACACUAAUGGAUUAUAUAUUAAUAUUUUAUUCCCAAUAUAGCUAAAUAUUUCAGAAUAUUUAUCAAAGAAAUCCCAGAAGAACAUACAACAUUCAUUAAUACAGAGGGAUGAGGAAGGUUUCUGUGUGGAUCAAAGGCUGAACAUUAUUGUACAAUAUCUGCUGUCUAUUAUCAUUUGCAAUGAGCCCAAAUCAUUCACUUUCAGAAAUAAAUCCUUUAGGGUUUGUAGGAAUGGUUAAUUUUCCUAAUCUUAUGUAGAGAUUGUAGGUUUUUUUCUUCCUGUGAACACAUUGUGUAAUUUAUGAGAAAUGAAUGAUAGAAAACAACACUAUAGUGCAAAAUAUUGUAUUUGUAGUAUUUAAUUCAAUUACAAAGAAUGUAUCUUAAGUAGCCAAUUGAUGAUUAUACAAUUAUAACCAGAGAUGCACCUGCAAGUUGCAAUAAAGCCUUGUUCACACUGCA